GCUAUCUGUAAACAUCAUGGACGACUGGCGCGGACACUUGCUCUUUCUAAACAUUUUCUUAAAGAUUUUUCAACCCCAAAACUCGUCUUGCCAUGUGAAUUUUUGCAAUGGGUUAAUUUAAAAGUAACAAAAUGCCUGGAAUAACAGACAGAGUUCACUUUGAGGAUGAAGUGAUUUUGAGGAACAUUAGACUUGAUCAAAUUGGAGAGGUCAGCAGUCAGACUUAUAACCAAGGAAUAGAUGACAUUCUUAACCCUAAUUCCACAUACCUAACGGAACUACUGGGGCCAGAUGAACUCGGGGAAGACUUUGGUUUGGAGCCGGAGGACGCUUACUAUGUUGCUCCCAGUGAAUCGUCUGAGGAUUACGUGGAGGGGCUGGAUGAUCCCAUGUUGGACAAAAUUAAGGGUGAAAUCGCCAAGAAUCUGAGGAGGGAGGAAUCGGAGACGUCAGAAUCUUCCUCGAGGACGGAGGAGGACACUGAACAAGAGGAGCUUAACAUUCAUUACUCAGAUCACUUCACCUCUGUUCCUUAUGGAGUCUUACCAAAAGCUACCUACACACAUGGCCGCAAAAAUGCUGACAUUAUGGGAAUUGUGUACAAUGGUAGGAUGAGGCAGUUUGUGAUUUUGGACGGAAAAGGAAUCACCACAUGGAAAAGAGACUCCGGUCUGCAUGGAGAAAGUCGCAUUCAAAGGGCAUUGAUGUAUCCCAAGUAUGAAUACAGACUGAUUUCAUAUUUGGUUUAUGCCAAAAAAUUCAACUGCUACUUUGCUCUUGGAAAAGAUUUUUCACUAAAGGUUUUGAAUCGUGAUUUUAUCGAGACCUGUUCAGUCAGUGCUAAUCUACGAUCUGUCCUGUUCAUGUUGUUCAAUCCCGUCGGGGAUGAGCUAAUUACUGGCGGGGUGGGAGGAACAACGAUAUGGAAGUUUGAACAGGAUGCAACCAAACAGUUAACAGAAAUCAAACCUCUUGCCAACUACAGACUCAGAAGAGUUCGUGACCUGAAGGAUGUGGGAGGGAGCUGGGUUAAGCGGGUGGAUCUAGAUUUUACCCUACAACACCUCUACUGCUGCUCAGACACAGACCUGUUCGCUUACGAUCUCAAAGGGCAGCUACUCUUCAAAUUCCUCAAGGCUCACAGUAUGUCCAUAACUGGAUGUAUCUACUCACAGUUCUCCAAAACACUUCUGACAUGUUCUAUUGAUACAGAGGUGAAAAUGUGGAGUCUGAGAGGUGGACUGGUUCACACAUUCCGCGGUCACUCGAGGGCAGUCACCAGUUUAGUGGUACACCCAGUCAAGCCAUCCAUCAUAGUGACCGCCUCACUGGACGGGUCAGUCAGAAUGUGGUCACUGAACACCAUGGAGAUAUUAUACAGCGUUGUGAUCUCCACUGAUGGCCUCCUAUGGAUGGGGAUGACAGAUGACUGUCUGAUGUACUGUGCCACAGUCAGGAACAUCACCCUUUGGAAUCUUAAUCAGUUCUACGAUUUCUUCGCUGUUGCUAGAAGCCAAAUUUGCCGCCUUUCUCUUGCCACUUGUGAAAAUAAAACGACCCGCGUUGUUGCAGAGGGACACGAUAGCAGCAUGCGUCUGUUUUCCCGUAAGAGUCAGAAGAACCUGACAACGGUGUUACCUCCCCCUGAUAUUUCUCCCCUCCAGAGGGUGCUGAGUGUCUGCUACAGCAGAGAGUACAACAUGGUGUUUGUUCUCAUCACCACCAUGGAGAUCUGGGUUUAUACCACCAAAACUGACCCCAGUUGCCGAGUGAUGACUUGGAAUGUCCAUGACUUGCAGGUUCCUUAUCUCUCCAACAAAGGCAAAAAGGAUUCAGAUAAUCCUUUAGGAGGCUGGUCAUCCUCAUUACAAGGUGGCCCCUCCCACCGGGCCACGGAGAAUGGUCUGGGUAAUGAGACUCUGUCCGCCUGUCACUCUCUGUGUAUCCUGACCUCCACAGCCACCAUGUGGACGGAGGAGGGGUUCUGCUGCCCCAUACAGAACAUGGAUCUGGAGGAGACCUAUUUACUGAUGGGACUAGAGGAUGGCAGAAUUUUGUUCAUGGAUCCAGUCACAAAAGGGAAGAAAUACAUGGAAUUCAAAGCUUCAAAGGACGCUAUACAGGAAAUGAGACAUGACAUAUCCCACAAUGCACUUAUCACCCUGUGUUACCUGAAGGAGCUUGGCCUGAUACAGAUCUGGAGCUUGCCCAAGCUUGAGCUGAAGCACGAGCUGUACUGCUCACUGGAUAUUACUUGCUAUGCCAGACUGGGUGACUUAUUUAUGACGGGACACCUAAAUGGCUGUGUGAACUUUAACCUACUGGAACCAGCAGAGGACUGGGGAUUGUUCAGAGCUAAAAUUGAACCAAAUAAGGAUAGUGUUGUGAAGAAGAAGAGACCUGAGCACCAUGCUGAAGUGGUCGCCAUUGACUCUUCAGCUUCCAUGAGAAUCUUCUGCUCUGCCAGUUUGAAUGGGGUGCUCAGGAUCUGGGAUGAAAACAAGCACUUGCUGACAGAAAUCUUCAUGGACAAACUGGAAAUUGACGAGAACAUCAUACAGGAGGAACCAGGAAGGAAGAAGAUGAAGGUGGAUGAACAAGGAAGGAAGGAGAAGGUGGAAGAGGAGGAGGAAGAGGGAAGUAGUUCCUCCCUCCUAGACAGAUCCUUGUCAGCUGCCUGCUUCCUUAACAACAAGGGCGAUCUAAUUAUAGGAUACAAGAACCAUAUCUUCAGUAUCGACCAUACAAAAGUUUGUCCACAUUUAUCUGUCACUGAAGAGGAAGAAGAAAUAGAUAAAGAAUCGGCCAUUAUAGAAGACCCAUCUGUGAUUUAUGAAGGUGGAGUUUAUCUUCCUGAACCAGUGACACUGGAAAAUUACUUGGUGCCCUUUGACUUUAUUGAUUUCUCCAAAGAUUUUCUGGAGGGGAAAAUGGAUCAUGAGGAAUCUUCUGAAAGUGACGAGGAAAGUGGAUCUGAGUCUUCCCUUUCUUUGGCCCCAACUGAGAUUUACCAGUCCCCUCUUGAUAGCCCCUGGAGUCGGUCCAUGAUAGACUUGACACUGGACUCGGAAAUAGACAAGUACGAACUUCGACAACGAUUGAAUCUUACGAUGGAGGAAAUCAACAGAAGAGCUGAGGAAGAUUUCAGAGAAGCAAGAACAUCUAAGGAACGUUAUUUACGAAGGAAAAUGACAUUUAUAGCACAGAUGAGGAGUGGGAGAAGAAGGAGGAGAAAGGCAGUCAGUGUUUUAGAUGGGGAUGUCACACCUCACGCCUCAGACCAGGAGUCAGGGGGAGAUGACAUGCCAAAAUUUGACUUUCCUAUGUUUGGUAACUCCCCUGGCCCCUCCCCCAUCCCCACCCCUCCCUCCCACCCAGCCACCCCAGAGGUAGAGGAAAUAGUGGAGGAAGUAGAAGCACCUCCACAGAAGCCACUGGAUGAUAAUUUUGUGCUCAAAGAAGUCCCAGAAGAGGAUCCCUUUGGACAUCUUCCUCCCAAUGAGUUAGAAUAUACAUCAAAGUAUCCCCCUAUCCCUGUCAAAAAACCCGCUAAAGAGCUUGAGUCUCUAUCCUACCCAGAUCAGAAAAUCCAAAAACAAAACCCCCCAGAUACUCUACCCCUAGAACCUGCCAUUUCCACUCCAUCUCUCUCCUCACAUAGGGGUAGCUCAGUCCAUGUGGACCUUAAAGGAGGGCCUACACCUACACUUGAAAGGUUCCCCACCCCCGCCUCACACAGGGGUAGUACUAGCCACAUGGACCACAAGGGUCUGUCCACUCCCACAUUUGAGAGAAUCCCCACCCCUGAUACACUGGUGUCUGAGUGGUCCUCUCAAUGGAGUGAAGAUGUCCAAAUUUCUAGAUUUCGUAGCAAUUCCACCCUCAAUUUCCCAUUAGGAGUAGAAGCAACAGAUUUGAUGGCUCAGCAACAGCAGGUAGAAACAAAAACCGAUUCCUCUGAGGAGGAGGAGCCGAUUCCCGAUCGCAGGAACAAGUACAGACUGGAUAACAUCAAACUGGACGUUAAGGGUCUGAUGAAGAGUGCCAAGCCAGUGGUGAAGAAAGCCAAACCGACGAGGAAGACAGACCCAUCCCCAGCCAGGUCCGACCACACGCACGCCAAGCCUGAGGAUCAACUACUUACCCCUGAAGAGCUUGCUCGCAAGCAGGCAGAGGAAGAAAGACGAUUAGAAAGGGUGAAAAAACAAAUGUUAAAGGAAAGAAAAUUCCCAAAACGGGGAAAUAGACCAACUCGUGCUGAACUGAUAGCAGAACAGAGGCGCCUAGAAGAGUUGAAGAAGGAACAUCCGUAUGGUGUGGCCCCACAGCUCUCGCAACAAUUGAAUAAGAAACCUCUACAAGAUGAGAAGAAAGAGGAAGUCCCCGUACAAGAGUUAAAGGAGGACUAUCCUUUAGUAGAGUUUGAUCAGCCCGACUUGGACAGCUUUCAAGAUGAGCUUUGGAAUCCCCGAGAAACGGGUGUCAGCGGAACAAGUUUAAUGGGAACCAAACUGGAUCUUCCACAGAUCAGACGAGGGGCUGCUGGAACACCAGGACCCAGGAUAGUUAAACCCCCUCCCAUGCCAAUUUCUAGAGGGGCGACACCUCUACCACCAGAAAAUAACGGGUAUCUUCAGGUGCCCACUACACCCACUCCAGGGAGCAGGUUGGAGGUCCCAUUAGAGAUUGACAAAGUCCCGGAUGAAGUGAGGAGAGAACUGCAGUCAAGACAAGGCCGUAUUUCUCCACUGAAGGGACUAGAGGAGGAGGAAGAUCAAGAUAACCUUAUUCCUGAGAUAGAAACAGCAGUGCAAAGACAGUGGAGUGUACAAAAUGACCUCCCAGAACGUCCCCGGUCUGAGACCCCCACAGCGGCCCUCAAGAAACUCUCAGACUCCCGUAAAGGGGCCCCUAAACUGAUCAGGGUAGAUCUACCCAAAGAAAGUGACGGAAAAAUAGAGACAUAUCGAUCCAGAUUAGCCUCCCCUAUUUCUGAAAUGACCGAGGACCGGUCACACUUCAGUGGGCAUGAGGCAGACGAUGAAAUGGACCGACAGAGACCCCGGACCCACUACAAGAGCAGGAAGGAAAGAUCUCUACUGACGAAGGAGGAGUUAAAGUACAUCCAACAGAGACCGAACUCCUCCUUCCACCGGCCCAAGCCUUCAGAAAACUUGGAGGUGGUGAUACUCUUAAAAAUUUUAAACGUCUAG